AUGAACCAACUGGAAACAAAUUUAUUUUUUUGGGCCGUAUUUUCCAUAAUCUUAUUCGAACUUCUAUGUAUCAUCUUUCUAUGCCGGUGGUGUUGUAAUCGUAUUAAACCGAAGCGAUUUUAUGUUAAGCGAGAAGAAUAUGAAUAUUUGCAAGGUAAUAAUGGUACACCAUCACAAUUUCAGUCAACAAUCCUUCGUCCACCACAUGCUGAUGAAUUAGCACUUGUUGGUACUAUUCGUGGGCAAAAUCCUACGAUCAGUUUCGAUAGCGGUAUUCAAAAUUUUGGCUUUUAUCGUGACGGUGGUGGGGAUGAUGAUGAUGAUGAUGAUGAUGAUGGUAAUGAAUUUAAUCCACCGGUAUCAUCUGUAAUAGCAUCACCUCCUUCCUCGUCUCAACAUUUAAACUGGAUUGAAUUACAAGCACCACAGUCAACUGGUAUAAUUAAUACAGCACAAUUAUUACCAGCUGAUUAUGAAAUUCGUUCUUAUCCGACAGAUGAUUAUAUUUAUACGCAUCAAUCUCCACCUCCUCAUCCAACUAUACUUGAUCUUCGUCAUUAUCGUCAUGAAUAUGAAGAUCAUGACAAUUUUAAACAUGAUGAUGAAAAUGAAUUCGAAAAUUUUCAAUUUCAAUCUCUUCGCCGUUCUGACCUUAUUCUUCCACAUACACAACGAACAGAUACAUCAACUGAAUCAUUCGGUGGUAAUAAUUUAACUAUUGUACCGAAAUCUAUUCUUAAAAGUAGUAAUAGUACACCACCACCACCGCCAUCACCAUCACCAUCACCAUCACCACCGCUUGAUUUACUCUCAAUACAAUAUUCUCAAACACAUCGUAGUCGGACACCAUCAAAAUUUGAUGAAUCACCUCGAAUAUCAGUCAAAAUAAAUACAGAUGAAUCAAUUCCAAUUGAUUAUCCAACAAGUGCAAUUGAAAUAAUUAUUCCCAAUGAAUCAACUAUUUCAAGAAGUGAUCCAACAUCAUCAUCAUCGAGUAGAAUGCGUUUUGCUAGCGUUAGUCAAUUGAAUGAAGUCGAAUGGGAAGUACCGAGAGAAUUUCAAACUGUUGUUUAUGAUUCCAUCAACGAUAGACAAGCAUCUCGUACUCCUUUAAUUUAUAGUUCAAAUGAAAAUUUAAAUAAUAAUAACAAUAAUAACAAUGAAAAACUAUCAAAUCGACAACGAAGUCAAUCAGCUUCAGUUGAUCAAAGACGACAUGUAUCAUGUGCAUUUGUACCAUGGGAUCGUGACAAGAAUAUUGUUCAACCUUUCUAUCUAUCCGAUAAUAUCGAACAAGCUGACACUACACAACAAAAAGCAUUUGAAUAUUAA